AUGUCUCUCCUACCCCUCCACUCGGACAAUGGAGGCCCGUCGUCAGUCCCCGCUCCCCGGCCAAACGGCGACAAGGGCAAACAACCCGCCGCCGGUGGGACCGACGAAGCUGGGAAGCAGGGCUAUGACUAUACCGAGAAUGCUCCCCAGGCCGUCGUCGAUGCCAUCUUCAUCGAGCGGAAGAGGGAGGAAGAGGAGGGUCCGCCGGAUAUGAUGGUCGGAAGCUGGGCGAGCUGGAUGAACAACGAUGGAGCAGAUAGGGGAAUCUUCCCAUCCUCUGUGACGCGGGCGCCACAUCGUCCAAACUCUCGGAGAGGCAGUAUGGCUUCACGGCGGUCCAGCUCGUUCAUCCGGCCACCGGGACUGCACAACCGACAGCGGUCCUCUCAGGACCUCCUGCAAUCGCCCGUCUCUGGCGUCUUUGUACAGGACUCAGAGGACGAGCUCUCGCCCACCUUCGAGCACCGGCCACUACCUCCGCGUGCUUCGGGGUCAUACCAAGCGGGGAUGGCCUCUCCCAGGCGAUUCGAGGGCAAGCGAAAGCACCGUGCACCGAGCACUUCUCAAGACGGGUACUUUGACCGGCGAGCGGGACGGAGGGAGGAGGAGAGUGAGGCGGGCAGCCCAGAGAGUCCAGUCAAGGGGACCGCUCUGAGCAAGAUCGUCUCGUAUAUGGGAUUCGGACGGCAUGAGGGCGAGGAAGAUGGGGAUGAAGAGCAAGGACCGAGUCGGCGCCGCUCCGUCUCUCGCUCGAGGGGGUCAUUCGACUCGCAGGACUCUCGACCACGCUCCCGGUCGUCCAGCUCGUCAGGAUGGGGUCUGUCGGACGAGGAUGACGACUUUUCAGACCGACCGGAAGGCGAAGAGGGUUACACCUCGUCCCUUGCGGAUGAUACGUCACUACCGCCACAAUCUCGACCCGGCUCGCCAACCCUUCCGCUCAUCCCCCAGACGGGUGACGAUAUCUUUGGCGAGCGCGGUGGGCGGAUGUCGGAAGACUUUGAGCCAAAAGACUUUGCCAGUACCACCGUGCCGUCCCGCCAGACCAUCUUGUUGCCGGACGAAGAUUUGUCGAUCCGCUUCACUUGCUACCGCACAGAUCCAUUCCGGAACCUGCUUUGGUGGUUGGGUUGUAUUUUCACCUUUGGUAUCCUGGGUCUGGUAGGGCGCUGGGUGCCGAGAACAUGGGUCCGAUUCUGCGGAAAGGAGACCGCGUUCGAUGAGGCCAAGGAAGGAUCAUGGCUCGUUGUCGAGACCCCCUUCGGCGACCUGCACGUCAUUGACCUCCAAAUCAUCCCCUACCCCUACCCCCUCUCUACCGUCUUCCCCCAAGCCAUCAUCCCGGGUGCAUCCGGUUCCCGCGCCGCCUCCAUCCGAAGCCAUCCACGAAUGAACGCCGUCGGCUCUCCCGCCGCCGCCCAGAUCCCCACGCACGCCAUCAAUGGCGAGCCAGGCGGAGUCGGCGCUGCCAAGGAUCUGACGCAGGAUCUCGAGCCGGGGAAGACGACGUGGGAGGAGACGAUGGGGUUCUUGAAGAUCAUGGAGUAUAGGUAUACCCGCUUCGCGCUCGAGCCGGGAACGGGCAGAUGGGCUAUGAUCAGGGAUUGGCGGGAUCCGAGGUGGUCUAGCGCGAGAGCGGUCGCUCAUGGUCUGGACAGCGGAACGAGGGAGCAGCGGAGGGUGUUGAUGGGUGGGAACUUGAUUGAUAUCGCGUCCAAGUCGGUCGGAGGGCUGUUGGUGGAUGAGGUCCUCCACCCCUUCUACGUCUUCCAAAUCGCCUCAAUCGUGCUCUGGUCCCUGGACGACUAUUACUACUACGCCUUCGCGAUCGCCGUCAUCAGUAUAUCAAGUAUCCUGAGCACGCUCAUCGAGACAAAGCGGACCAUCGAGCGGAUGAGGGAAAUGUCACGGUUCCACUGCGACAUGAGUGUUUUGGUAGAUGGGGAAUGGGAACGGCGCGACUGCGAAGACCUCGUCCCCGGAGACAUAUUCGACGCCUCAGACCCCACCCUCGCUGUCGUCCCAUGCGACUCCCUCCUCCUCUCCGGCGACGCCAUCGUCAACGAGUCGAUGCUCACUGGCGAGUCGGUCCCCGUCUCCAAGAUUCCGGUCAAGGACGACAGUCUCCGGGUCAUGUCCCGCGAAGCCAAGCAGGGGAGUAGCGAGAUUGAUAAUGAUCUGGCAAAACAUUACUUGUUUUCGGGGACCAAGAUCAUCCGCGUUCGAGCUGGAGCGAGACCGUCGUGGGCGCCUAAAAGCGAGGAACCGGUCGCGUUGGCAAUGGUCACUCGGACGGGGUUCAAUACGACCAAGGGGGCGCUGGUCAGGAGCAUGCUGUUCCCAAAGCCGAUGGGGUUCAAGUUCUAUCGCGACUCGAUGAACUUUAUCGGAGUAUUGGCUAUGAUCGCUGGGCUUGGCUUUGCAGUCAGCGCGGUCGGCUUUGUCCAGAUGGGCAUCGCCUGGCAUACCAUCAUGCUCCGCGCCCUCGACCUGAUCACCAUCGUCGUCCCCCCUGCCCUCCCCGCCACUCUCACCAUCGGAACCACCUUCGCCAUCGAGCGUCUCCGCAAAAAGGGCAUCUUCUGCAUCUCCCCCAAUCGCGUCAAUAUCGGCGGCAAAAUCAACGUCAUCUGCUUUGACAAGACCGGGACGCUCACCGAGGACGGUCUGGACGUACUCGGUGUCCGCACUAUCGAUAAGCACGAGGGCCGAUUCUCGGAAUUACACGGCGACGUCACUGAAGUCCCUGCUACCGGUGGACCGAAAGGCAAGACCCCCCUCCUUUAUGCUUUGGCGACAUGUCAUGCCCUCCGCCUGAUUGAUGGGGAGGUUAUCGGUGAUCCGCUGGAUAUCAAGAUGUUCGAGUACACUGGUUGGACGCUGGAUGAGGGGCAGAGUCGGAUCGUCAGUAAGGGCAAGUCGGCGGGCGAGGCUCGGCCGCAGGCGCUUGUGCAGACUGUGGUGAGGCCGCCAGGGUCGGAGAAGUGGAAAGUCGAGGAUGCGAUGCGGGUGGGGGCGAAGCACGCCCAUUUCCUCGAAUUGGGUGUCAUCCGGACAUUCGACUUUGUGUCUGCCCUUCGACGAAUGAGCGUCAUCGUGAAACGGCUCAAGUCGACCAGUAUGGAGAUCUACGUCAAGGGCGCUCCUGAAGUUAUGCCUGAUAUCUGCGAUCCUGCUUCCUUCCCGAAUGAUUACGAAGACAUGCUUUCAUAUUACACCAGGAAUGGUUUCCGAGUAAUCGCUAUCGCCGGGAAGAGCGUCGAGGGGAUGACUUGGCUCCGAGCGCAGCGUAUGAGGCGUGAACAAGCAGAGUCCGAUCUCCAGUUCCUCGGCUUCAUCGUCUUCGAGAACAAGCUCAAGCCCAACACUGCGCCCAACAUCCAUACCCUUCGUGCCGCUCACCUCGCAUGCCGGAUGGUCACUGGCGAUAACGUCCGGACCGCCAUCUCCGUCGCUAGGGAGUGCGGUCUCGUCUCGCACUCUGCUUCCGUCUACAUCCCAACAUUCGUUCCUGGGACGGGCACCGGCGAAGGCGCCAGCCUUGACUGGGCUAGCGUCGAUGAUGAACGAAGCAAGCUGGACGAGUACACCCUCAAGCCGGUCGUACACGAGACGGAGGGACUAGGCGUCGACGCUGGCGAGAUGGAUAUGAAUGAUUAUCAGCUGGCGCUGACGGGAGACGUCUUCAAGUGGAUGUUGGACUUUGCCGAGUUGGAAACUAUGGAGCGGAUGCUCGUCAAGGGAGUCAUCUUCGCCCGGAUGUCGCCAGACGAAAAGGCUGAACUGGUCGAAAGGCUCCAAGGACUCGGAUAUACCGUCGCGUUCUGCGGAGAUGGAGCAAACGACUGCGGGGCCCUCAAAGCUGCCGAUGUGGGCGUGUCGCUUUCUGAGGCGGAAGCGAGUGUGGCCGCGCCGUUCACGAGUCGGAUUCCGGACAUCAGCUGUAUGGUCGAGAUCAUCAAGGAGGGGCGGGCGGCGCUUGUCACCAGUUUCAGCUGCUUCAAGUACAUGGCACUGUAUUCGAUGAUUCAGUUUACGACUGUAACGCUGUUGUACUCGUUCGCGUCUAGUCUUGGCGACUUCCAAUUUCUCUACAUCGACCUCUUCGUCAUCAUCCCCAUCGCGGUAGCUAUGGGCCGGACCCUCCCUUUCCCCAAGAUCCACCCCAAGCGCCCGACUGCAUCCUUGGUCUCGAAGAAGGUGUUGACCAGUAUCAUUGGGCAGAUCGCCAUCAACUCGGUUGCGCAGAUCUUUGUGUUUAUCUGGGUCAGGCAGCAGUCUUGGUACACUGCCCCCGAUGUCAACAGUGACAAGCUCGAGACGUUCAAUUAUGAGAAUACCGCCCUCUUCUUGUUGUCAUGCUUCCAGUACAUUCUCGUAGCUGGCGUAUUCAGCGUGGGCCCGCCAUACCGCAAGCCCAUCUACUCGAACAUCUGGCUUAUGAUCUGCCUAAUCGGCUUAGGCGGUUUCAGCACCUACGUCCUCCUCGCCCCUACCGCCUGGAUCGCCAACAUCCUGGAUAUCAUCGAUCUCCCCUUUUCCUUCCAACUUCAACUUUUGGCCGUCGCUAUUGUCAACAUCAUCCUCUGCUUUGGGUUUGAGCGGUACGCUGAACGACCGAUCGCGCGGGUUAUUGCGUAUACGAAGCGGGCGUGGAGGAGGCGGACGAAUGGAGGGAGGCGACAUGGAGGGGAGGUGCAGUAUAAGAUUAUCGAGGGGAACAUGCGGUAG